UCUGGAGCCAGAGGCCAAUCCUCAAAAAGCAUCGUACUUUAGGAGAGCGCUGUACGCUGAAGACUUCGUCUUCCUCAUUAGCGACGUUAAACGAACAUAUGGACCCAACGCAACUCGAGAGAGCGUCAUUAUGGCAGCCAAAGCAGUCGACAUCUACAUCAAAAAGUCAGAGCUAACUCCAGCAGUGGUCGGUCUCAUCGUGGAAGAGCGCGUCAUACACGCCUCCCUCAUGACAAUGUCUGCCAACGGAAGUUCAGGCGAGCACCUCCGUUGUGCUGACGAGGACUUUGUCGUCUGCUACCUUCUGGACGAAGGAGGUUUCAUUCUCACCUCCAGCACGGACGACCACUCUGAAAACGUCGGGAAGUUCAUGGGAGCGGUCGAUCCUGAACUGAUGGAUGACAUGCUGAAGAAAUCGGUCUACUUCAAGGUGGAAGAGCUGCAUACUGAGUCUCGGUGUCCCAGAAUGCGCCGAUACACCGCAGGUGCCCGAUCAUCAAUUCUGCCACUUGAAAGCCUUAUCAGAGCAUUCGACAUCAGCUGGAUCUUCGAAGCAUCGUCCUGGCAACUGAUCAAGAUGUGGCUAUACGCUUGGCUGCCGAGUUUGGGCGGUGGCGGUGGUUGGGGCGCGGAGUCGGCGUCGUCGGAGCGCGCCCGCUACAUUCCGGACGAGUACCGCGUCUGCACCACCCGCGAGGCCCUGUACCACUUUGGAAACCGGAGCAGCUACUUCAUGAGCAGCCUGGACUGCGGGAACUGCUCCAGGCAGUACGGCGUGGGACGCGUGGGCUACACCAACGUGAUCCUGGUGAUAUCGACCGUGCCCUGCGCGCCUGUCUUCUGCGACCCGCCGCCGACACCGCUACAGGCGCCAAUCGAAGUUGAAGACCCCGCACCCUGUGACCAUCCACUGAGGUACAGACGUAGGCCAGACAAAUGCUACGCCGACCAUGACAAAGAGGACUACCACUUGUGCGGCGGAAGCGGCCAGCUAACACCGUGCUCCGCGCUGCAGCUUCUGAUGUCGGCAUUGGCGCUGGUCGCCCUGGCCAUUGUGACUAGACCGUAAGACUGUGGAUUUCACGGCCCAUGCCACAAUGUGGGCACGGCGCCGCGCCUUCAGCCGUUCGAUGGCUAAUCAUUCCUUCAGAGAAGCGCCGCGUAGCGGUCGGCAAAGGACCAUCGACGGCCACCGGUUUUCCUCUCGGCGAUUUGACGAGCAUUCCAAGCAAGAGAACGGAAAGGAACACAGCGUACAUGCGUUCCUUGGUGCAGUGGUGUUGUGUCUGACUUACCGCGAGUGAUCGGUCGAAGUGAGUACAGUGAUGAAUCACUCGACGGACCAAGAACAAGAAAGCGACGGGCCUUCUCACCCCUCCCCCUUUUAGUGCAGCACGGUGACUGACGCUAUCUGUGCACGAGACUGCGCGUUUGUUUAAAGUUGACCCUACUGUCUGAGUUCUGCGACCAUGUCAUCCACCUUGCCCUGUAAGAACGGUGAAUAACGAACAGGGGCAAAACCUUAAGAAAAACCUUAAGGCUACGAACACAUGCGCACAGUUUUGCAUGUGUGUAUUUGAGGAUGCUUGCUGAUCUGCGUAAGAUGAAAACGAGGAACCACUUUGGUUGAUAUUACACACGGCCUUUCACAACCCUAAACUUCGAGACGCGAGCAAAUUCUUGAGUUCUAAUUAAGGAUGACCUCGUUCAGACAAAGAUUUCGGACCCAAAAUUAGGUUUGAUGACGUAGUAAACGGAAAGCCACAAUAUGUGAGAAGCGUCUGGUGGCAUACCGUCGCAUAAGAGAAUGAUCCCAGAAAUUACACGUACAUCUGAAGCCAUACGUGGCUGCUUAAUAGAAUUCUAUCCAACUAACCGACGCAUGACGUGAAGCGAUACGAAAAAGAGAAUGGCACUGCGGGUGACAUGGGCGCCUCAACGGUGAAGAGAGCCUCCAAUGGAAGGCGCAUACUUUUGACUUAAACCGUCGUCCAGUGAGACCCACUAAGAAGAUGGAGUGAAGACAUCGCAGCUGAUGAGCUGCUCGUUAUGUCCGUCACGUCGCGCCGUCUGGUGGUCGUCGUGCUGUGUGUGUGUGUGUGUCUGUGAGGUUGUGUGUCUAUUGUGCUGCCGCCGCGUCAAGAGCUGCGCGUCCUCCGUGGAAGCCACGAGUGUGAUGAAAACUUUGUCCAGUGUGGAAGUGGUUGGAGCCCAUUUCACCGUCGGCAAGUGCAGAGAAUUGUUGUUGAAAGGAAACUCCACAGAAUACGCAUUUUCAGGAUGAGUGUUGGGGCAUGCUCGCCGCUCUCUCGCACUCUCCAUGAAUGCUUUUUUGCGUGCAUUGCAUACGAACGAUUCUUGUUGAGUAGCGAAUUAGUUUGCUCGUUGCUUCGUUUUCCUUUUGGCUGGGAACGGUAAGACAGACUUGUUGUUCCAUUCUUGUUCGUUUUACAUUUGGUGUAGAGUAGGGGUAGCAGGUUUCUCGCAUGGUUGGUCUAUAUACGCCGGUGCGUUGGCUAACGUAUAGCGUUCAGUCUGACUAACUUGCCGUGUUUCUUGUUAUUAUAGAUGCGAAUCCGUAAACAGCAUUUCUUUGAGCCUUGUAUGCCACGGCAGCGUUUGCUUCUACAAUGGUAUGCUCGAACAGAUGCAUUAGGCAUAACUCUCACAUUGUGUGUGGAUAAGCAUUUACCUGCGUACAUGCCAGUAAGCUUUGAAACAUUCAAAUGACAUUCGCGCCGCUUGCGUAUGCAGCAAGUGUGGCCCGAGUAGGCUGCUUGAUACCUUUAAUCCGCCUUAAAACACCUAAAAUCCUCCAGCCAGGUACGUAUGUUAAAGCAAAAAAAAAAAAAAAAAUCUGAUGAACUGCACCCGAGAAUCAACCACUUAGAAGAAUCCACAGCUGGCGCAUAUUUCAUAGCAACUAACGGACAGAAGGAAAGGCAAAACAAAGCAUUACAAGUAACAUUUCGAAUAGGAUGUAUUCCGAGAUUUCUUGUCUAAAUUUGCCGUGAUAAUAUCUUGCGAAAAUGCAUGAGAAGCAGUUUGAAAAUGUAUUUUUGUUUUGUUUCUGUGCAUGAAUGUUGUACGUGUGUGUGUGUGUGAACUAAAAAUAUGUGCUCUAGAAAAAAAAAGUCAUGCGCGCAAAACAAGAAUUUUUAUACGCACUCUGUUAUCUUGAGAUUGCGCGCAAAGAACUUGCUACCAGCAUUCGUGGUUGCUAGAGCAAUGGUGAGGGAACGCACCACCACCAAUAAGUCUUGCUCGCUCUUAAAAAGCGUGCAUGAAAAAACCUUCAUAAAAAAAGUUAGUGGCAGAUCAUUUGUACGCAAUUGGAAAACACUGCCACAUUAUGGUAAUGCACUGAAACAUACUUUGAGGGGUCCUUAGCCCAAUGAGUGAUUAGCAACGCUGAACUGGAAUUGCAGAAACAAAUCAUUUCAUCGCAUCUGGCACCGUUCCGCAAAAGCCGGCAAUCAGAGGAGUUUUGGUGAAUUGUAAUUCCCUCCCCAGCGUUCCACUAAACCUUAGGGAAUAUUGGAAGCUUGCUAAUCGAACAAUCACGCCUUUAAUAUUUCCGUAUUCGAGCAAAUUAUUUUUCUGUUACAGCUCUUACAAAGGGCCGGAUAUUAUACGUUAAUAAAUAUACCGAAAAAUAUUGUUUCGGCUCUGCAUUUUUUUUUCAAAUGUCUUGAGAAACGUUUCAGAUUAGCCUCUAAGAAUUCUUCCUCUAAACACGCGAUUGCUGGCAACUGAUUUUCGCGAAUGCGCAUUUGAGUAACAAAGAUUGCGCAACGCGCUUGCUAUGGUGAUGUGUUAGAACAUACGGAUCGGCGAAUAUUCGUGCAUGUAAGCUCUGUUCUGGGAAGUUCGAAAUUGUAUCUUUCCCUUUCACCGACUAUUGGAGCAUCUUCAUACUCUGAUUGCUACAAAACGAGAUGUGCGGUUUGUGGUGAAUUUUUAUGGAAACCACAAUUCUUUUUCGCAGUACUUCGCUCCUGUGUGAAAGAGCUACGCAUUAGUUUGGAUGUCAUACCCUCAGUUGAUGAAGUUAUUUUAAAAGUUGUCAAAUAAUUUGUGGAGUAAAGUGUACACUUUCAUUCACACCUUAGCGCGUUGAUCACAACAUUAAGCUGUUUUCGUAAAAUUUUUGGGAGCACGUUCAAUGUGCUGCAUUGUAUGGCUGUGAGCUCUAAUUUACAAAAGCCAAACGCUUUUUUCAAGAAUGAGUGUAAUUUUGUUGAUUACCUAAGGAAUCCGCUGCAUCACCUAUUUGCAACAAAUGAGAUUCCCCACUUUUCAUAGUCCUUUUCCAGGUAACGUUUUGUUCCUUACAUGGAAAGCUAGACAAGAGAAUUGAGAAUGCACAUUCUAAAGUUUCUGUUAAGUAAUGGUACGAUGGGUUAUAGUUAGAACCUUAGAACGAGCUGAAGAUUUGAAUAAACAUCGAUAAAUCACUAGUAAGCAGCUGCCAAUAUUACGCAGAAUAUGUGCUUUAACAGCUAUUUUUCUUUCAAACCUUACAUGAUCUCACAACAGGAAAAAAAGAACAACUUUUAUUACAGAUAUAGGAAACUUUCAGCUAUAUAGUUAUGGACACGAUCUGAAACGACAGGAGAUUUGUGCACAAUCUACACAGUCACUCCGAAUAUCACCCAUGCAUAAAAGUGCUCACAAAAUUAGAAUGGAAGCACAGUACUUAUGCACCUAUUAUUGAAACGAUAUCAUGCAUGCCAAAGUAGAUCUGUUUUGUAUACUAUGAAGGCAAUCAACAAUUGGCUGCUUUGCUUUUGCUGUCAAACGUCACUAAAUACUAGCGAACGACAGAAUAUUGGUAGUAUCACCAGUCCAAAAUGUUGAUAGGAAGAGCUGAUUGCAUUGCUCAUCUAGCCCCUUCAGUCAAGAGUCAUGAUAGACCGUCAAUAAUUAUGCCAUAGUUGCAUGAUUCUAUUCCAAGGCGCUGUACACGCCAUAGAAGGAUAGUCCAGGCUGUAGUCUGAUGCUCUGGACAUUUUAUAUUAAGUUUCUGUAAAUAAAUAUCUAGGUAAUGUGCAGCCUGUCAUAUUGCGCUCGUAUUGAUAAAAUUUAAUUACCGGCUCGUUGUACAUACAAAAGAUAAUUAUGUGCAGUAAGCACUACGAGAAAAAAAAUGUUCUUUCGCCAUUGGUGAAGGAGCACGGCACCUUGAACACGGUAGUGUUUGACGAAACAUCUCGUCAGACACUACCGUGUUUGACGAGAUGUUAGCAAUCUGGCCAAUUGUGGCCACAUUGCUGUGGCCAGCAAUGUGGCCUUCAGCAAUGUGGCCAUUUGCGUAGCAAUACGUAGCAUAUUCAAGUGAAACGAAGACAGAGUGAUUACGUAGGGGUAAAAUUCACCUGAAGGUUACAGUCAGUGAUUUCCUUUAAAACAUUUCUGCGUUGACACCAUUAUAAAAAACUGGCAAUAACAAGUCGGUGCACACCGCACAUGUGCACGCAGUGACAUAACAGGUUAAUGUUCAUAUCAAUUCACCGGAAAAGCUAUCUUCGAUAGGUGGAAACCAAAACAUGAAGGUAAUUAUGCGUUUCCGGCACAUGCAAUCGCUUCUGGCGCAUGCAGCUCGCAAAACCAUAGCCUUCGAAAUCUAUUUCUGUUACUCCGAAGAAGCGGUAACUGUAUGCUAGGUUUGGACACUAUCUACUGUCGAAUAAAACUACAAUGCAAAUUUAACGUGAUAGCGUUAAGGGCCCCGUGUCGUAGAAAAUCCGGUGUCAGCGUUGGUGUCGGCGUCGGCGUUAAGCAUCGGCGUCUGGCGGAAAAAAUCAUGCCGAACCACGUCAUCCCAAACCACCCCGACCGAGCAGGCCCUUCGCGUGGCGCAAGGUGUUAGUGAACAAAAAUUCUCAAAGUAAAAUCCGUCAGAAAAAUCGUAAAGUACGACUUAACCACAACGUACAGACGUGAUAGCGUCGGAUUGUAAUUUGAAUAUACGAGAAAAAAAUCCUGAUAAGCAGCUGGGCAUCUUUGAAUGCUAUCGCGUUCCAUACUUAAAAGGCGAAGCUUAAUUUAUGCGUCCUCCAGUUCUGAUAGUGUUUCGCUGUACUUUGGUUCUAGGCAACAUUGAGGGGAAUGUUGAAACCCGAGCCUUUCUAUAUUUAUAUCGAGCCCCAUGUCGCAGAAAAUACGGAACGCUCUCGCGUUCAACUCUUAAAGGUGAAGCUUAAGCGUACUCCAAGUUUUUUUUUUUAGCUCGCUGUGAAGAAAUGUGCGGUGUUCAUGUGGACUUUCCGGGAAUACUCGUUAUACAAAACACGUAAGCGCAUGGAACAAAAAGAGAAAAAGGAGCGACACUAUGGAAAAGAUGAAACGAAAACUUUGAGAUAAAUGAAUAUGGUACUGUUAUAGAAAAUAUAUAGUUGUUGAACAUUGCCACUGCUAAUAGGUAUAGUGGCAAUUCAGUGUGAAUCCCUAAAAAAAUGUGUGCUUCUACAGCUUGCAGAGCAAUGGCUCUUCUUUUUGACAAUAAGAAUUUGAAUCCCUGGAUAAUCUUAAUGAAGAGAUUGUCUGCACUUAUUGCAGACAAAAGGAUAAAAUACAGUGUUCUACAUGCCAGAACAGAUACGUCGAUAUUUUUACGAAGUAUCAAACACUUUGAAAAAUGUUGGGCCAGCUGUGGGCGUUCCAUUUUCAGCCCUGUUUGCAAGCGCGUAGCUUCUUGUAGUUUCGCAUGUCCUUCAACAACAAACGGGAUGCGAUUUUCCACGCUUCAAACCUAAUGAGAGUUAUAUAUAUAUAUAAUAAGUAUAUAUGAAGAAUGUGUCGACCCAAUCUAUACUUGGUCUUGUGUGCGUGCGUGUGAGUGUAGGUGUAUCGUACGCAUGGAAUGAAUGCAAUUCUACAGGCUGCCAGUUGAUGUCCCACGUUCGUGUAACACGCCACAAAGAACACACGCACACACCCACCUGCGACUGAGACCCGGCACACUUUGAACACAGCACAGACACAUUUGUCAAACUCUUUCUCGGGCUUCCAGAACACUCCGGCAGAAACACAAGUACACCCACCACUACCUCCUCAUUCCCUUUACCGUGCAAGCCUACUUUAAGCAAACUAUACCCCUGAGCUUAACGCCUUGACUUUCGACUUGCAGUCUGAGGUGUUCAUUAAAAAAAAAAAAAAAAAAACGAGCCUUGAGUUGGCGGCACCAAGGACAAAACAAUAACAGAUGGAUGUAGCGUUUUUUUUUCUCUCAUUAGAAACGAGAAAUGCUAGAAUUUCGUGUGCAAUAGAACAUCAGAAAAAACUUUCUAGAGCACUAAAACAAUUUCCAUGGAAUGCGUCAAUUUGCAUUCCAUUGUAACCUUUUGUCUUAUUGCGAAGGGCUGCGUGUAAACUUAAAUACUAGUCAAAUAAUGAACCACAUGAAAAUUACGUCCACAAAGCGCUCUUCAUUUUGCCUUCAGUGUUUUUUGCUGAAUUGUUUCUGGUCGUGCGCAAUAUAUAGGAAACCAGUGCCUCCGACGAAUGUUAAAUAGUCCUUUUUGUUGUCAGGUGAUGCCACUGCCCGCGAUUUAUUGACGCUUCAGUGAUAACGAUAGAUAAGACAACGUUAGGAGACUGACUGUUUUCUACAGCUAAAUUAUCCGGUGCAUGAAUUUACCCGUCAGGGCCAAGGCAAGUGUAGGCAUAGUUCAGUUAUGCUUCCCCUUGUUUUAGUCCAGUCCUCACACGUAGUACACCACAGACACCAGACAUACCGUCGAAGCAAAGUUUAAAAGUGUAUGUGGACCAUGAAAUCUUAUUUUUGAACAAUGGUGGUCAAAGCUUGAGUUCUCAUUUUCGCGAACGUGUCAUGUUUUUUUUUAUUUAUAUAAAGCAAAUAUUUUCUAGGAGGGAAAUACAUCGCUGUCCAAGAAAGGAUUAUGCAGUGUUAACAAAACUCUAAAAAAGCAUUUUCCGGCAAAUGUUAAGGCUGCUUGUCGGUCUAUUACGAGGUACCAACACUUCAAGAGAAAUCUUGAAAAUAUUAAUUCUUGUCGAAGCCAAGUCGUAGCAAAUUUCGAACAUUAAAGUUUAGGAAUAAGCAGCUGAGUGAAUACUAUUCGCGAGAGAAUAUUCAGUUGUCGGAACCUAUACCAAUUGACUAUUCGUAUUCUGAUUGCAACAAAAACAAGGUAAUAAUACCAGCUCUUAUUAAAUAAUCUCUACGCGAAACAGAUGAGAAGGAAUACAAAUUUCGGACACCAUGUCCAAUUGCUGUGUGCUCGGCUGAACAAAUGCAAAAAUGCGUGUAAAGACACCAAUAAAAGCACUAUACAUGGAGUAAUUUUGUAAACACAUAUAUAAUAAAACAAAAACAUAAUGGCAAAACUUGUGACGGCCAUGCGAGCAGCAAAGCAUUUUUGGCAGCAGUGAUCCUGAAAAAGACAGCGAUGCGCCUUCGCUUAUAUUUUGUACAGCACAUAAACCUAUGCUCAGGCUUUCUCUUUCAUUAGGUUCGGUUACUGGGAAAGCUAUUCAUUACGUGUAUAGUGCGGUGAGACGUUAUUGUUGUGUCAGAGCAGGUUAGGUCAGUGUUUCCUCACUGAUUCUGCGAGCUAGAGUGCAUGGGUCGUUUUGACAUUCCAGAUUUUACCCUUGUCGCGAGUGUGUCCGUUUCUUGUGUCCUUCAAUGUCUUCAUGCCACGUGGCCACACCACCUUGUUCGCUAUUCACACGGCUACAGGAAGGCCGUUUCUGCUUUAGUGGCUUGCUAGCAAUGAGAACGAAACGUCUUGUAUACAAACCAUAACGUUUCAUUUUUAAUAGUGAAAUGCCUCACCAGAGUUUUAUUUCAAGUGCUGCCUAUGCGUGAGGUGGCAGUGAAAUAUUAAGCGAAAUUUUUGAAGAAAGUCAAAUGAACGUUAAUGAAUCAUGGACCCCGAAACUUGGACAGCUGGUAAUUAGGUAGCCCAGCAGUUACCUUUUUUUUUUUGGUCGCUUGGCCUUUACCAUCCUGUCACCUCAUUUCGUGCUAGCAUACUCUGCCAUCGUGUGAAAAUUCAAUCCUCUCAAGGCCCAGCCGGGGUAUAUGUGAUGUACAGCUCCCAACACGUUCCGCCGUAACUGAAUACGCAAAUACACGCGCUCUUCAGCCAGUUUGUGCGUUGCUACGCCGCAUAAUUUUUUCGUUCUUCUGUCGUAAUCGUGAUGCGCGAGGUUCUGUCCUCGAAAAGCCAUAUUCUGCUGGAUUACAGAGGUUACUCACAUUACCCAGUCGUAACGGUGACUGUGGCGUCUUGCCCGAUUGGCGGCCCAUUAAUGUAGAGCUCGAUGUUGUGCCCUUAGCAAACUUUUCUCGCCUCUGAGUCAGCCAGUGUCGCGGCGCUGAGAUCGUACCCUUCAAAGCCGACUCUAGAGUCACGGGGAUGCCCUGUAUCUGCUGUGUUCGGGCCUCCGAAUACUUGUACAUAGCGUUUAUGCUGUAUGUCAUUCCGAGUGUUUCAGCUUGGACGAAGAGAACAAAGCAAAGCACAAAAACGUUUUCUGUGAGAAGCACCAACAAGAAUAACAAGGUAAAAAAAAAAAGAAAGAAAAGCCAACAUACUUCGCCAUCCCCUCGCAACAAUUGUACAGGGGUGAAUGACUUGCGCUUCUUGCCCGAGACUAUAUAAUAGGCUUCAGCUGUGCGCUGGAUGUUCAUUGUGGAUAUGUUUGUUUUCCUGAAUAAUAGAACCUAAAGUAAGCCCCCAAGAUUGAAACGAAAUGGCAGAAAAGUUAGACAAAGGGUGCUGAAGUCAUGAAGUUUGUGAACCGGAGAAAAGUUUCUUGCGAACCAAGCGUGAAAAGUUAUCGGUGCUGGUGUGAUCACUCGAGAUGUUUCAUUUUAAACGGCUCUAUGCAUGUGCGCUGAGUGUCUCCGUGAGUUUCCUUUUGUGCUUUGUUCGAGUGAAAUCUUUGGCGCAGCAUUUCUUUCGCAUUUUUUAUUGCUAAAACAGGUACAUUAUUACGUAACACGGUUCUCGACAAAUAAUACUCGCAUCAUUGACGUGUAGUAAAACCAGAACCUUGCAUUACAAUUUGACUCUCACGCACCGUUAGGCGACGUCUGCUCCAAAACUGAACACCGUGUAGUCUUAACUAUGAGCAACUAGGCUCGGCAUUUCUGAAGUAUUUUUGCUGUUCCGGAUAGGCUGGCGCUGUUUAAAUGCGAAAACCUGAGCAAAUAAUUGUUCGCUCCAGAAAGAAGUGAUUUCAACGCAUCAUACGGCAAAAGGUGUGCACAUAUAUUGAUUACUUGCUGCUUCCCUUCCUAAGAAAUGCAUUAACGUUGCAAGAACUGGGGGAAAGCGUGGCUGAAAAUGUCACUCACGUUGAGAUUGGAUGCGUCAUGCCCACUACAAAUGUAUCACGUUACACACCCGUGGUGACGACGCUGUUUGUGCAUGUUGUCUAAUUCCUGAAGUGUUGCACCCAAACUUUUAAUGUGUUUUUGGUUGUUCAAAAGCAGUGACAACACGUUUUUUCCACGAAUGUAGCGUCUGUGAACUUUGUUGUUACGCGAGUGCGUUCUGUUGGUGCGAUGACGUUUUGCCUCGGCAAUUGCUCCUUUGAGUUGAAUGCCUUGAACCCCGAGUUAUGUGUUAUUGCGGAAUGGGGGAACAAUAAAAGAAGUUUAGA